AUAGACCGACCCUUACAAGCCUGGGCGGGAUCUAUCAGCGGAGGCAUUGCUCCUUGACUCUGAAAAAGAAAGAAAAAAGAAUUUCUAAUUUUUUUUUUUUUAAUUCAAUUAUGGAAUUCUCUUCAAGAGCAUCAGAACUAGCAACUCUAUUAGAAAGUAAAAUGACUCACUUUUCUACCAAUUUGAAGUUGGAUGAGAUUGGUCGCGUGGUUUCGGUUGGAGAUGGGAUUGCACGUGUUUAUGGAUUGAACGAGAUUCAAGCUGGGGAAAUGGUCGAAUUUGCCAGCGGUGUGAAAGGAAUAGCCUUGAAUCUUGAAAAUGAGAAUGUGGGGAUUGUUGUCUUUGGUAGUGAUACGGCUAUUAAAGAAGGAGAUCUUGUCAAACGAACUGGAUCUAUUGUGAAUGUUCCUGCGGGAAAGGCUAUGCUAGGGCGUGUGGUCGACGCCUUGGGAGUACCUAUUGAUGGAAGAGGAGCUCUAAGCGAUCACGAGCGAAGACGUGUCGAAGUGAAAGCCCCUGGGAUUAUUGAACGUAAAUCUGUGCACGAGCCUAUGCAAACAGGGUUAAAAGCGGUAGAUAGCUUGGUUCCUAUAGGCCGUGGUCAACGAGAACUUAUAAUUGGGGACCGACAAACUGGAAAAACAGCUAUUGCUAUCGAUACCAUAUUAAAUCAAAAGCAAAUGAACUCAAGGGCCACCUCUGAGAGUGAGAAAUUGUAUUGUGUCUAUGUAGCGAUUGGACAGAAACGUUCAACUGUGGCACAAUUAGUUCAAAUUCUUUCAGAAGCGAAUGCUUUGGAAUAUUCCAUUCUUGUAGCAGCCACCGCUUCGGAUCCUGCUCCUCUGCAAUUUCUGGCCCCAUAUUCUGGCUGUGCCAUGGGAGAAUAUUUCCGUGAUAAUGGAAUGCACGCAUUAAUAAUCUAUGAUGAUCUUAGUAAACAGGCCGUCGCUUAUCGACAAAUGUCUCUUCUAUUACGAAGACCACCUGGUCGUGAAGCUUAUCCAGGAGAUGUUUUUUAUUUGCAUUCACGUCUCUUAGAAAGAGCAGCUAAACGAUCGGACCAGACAGGUGCAGGGAGCUUGACCGCCUUACCAGUCAUUGAAACACAAGCUGGAGACGUAUCGGCUUAUAUUCCUACAAAUGUAAUUUCCAUUACUGAUGGACAAAUCUGUUUAGAAACAGAACUCUUUUAUCGCGGAAUUAGACCUGCUAUUAACGUCGGCUUAUCUGUCAGUCGCGUCGGGUCUGCUGCUCAGUUAAAAGCUAUGAAAAAAGUAUGCGGAAGUUUAAAACUAGAAUUGGCACAAUAUCGAGAAGUCGCUGCCUUUGCUCAAUUUGGAUCAGACCUUGAUCCUGCAACUCAAGCAUUACUCAAUAGAGGAGCAAGGCUCACAGAAGUACUAAAACAACCACAAUAUACACCACUACCAAUUGAAAAAGAAAUUCUAGUCAUUUAUGCUGCUGUCAAUGGAUUCUGUGAUCGAAUGCCACUAGACAGAAUUAGUCAAUAUGAAAGAAUCAUUACAAAUAGUAUCAAACCAGAAUUACUAGAAGAACUCAAAAGUGGGUUAACUGACGAAAAAAAAAGAGAACUAGAUACCUUUCUACAAGAAAGUGCGUUGACUUUAAUAUAAUAUAAUAUGAUGAUGAUAAAACGCUAUUCUCUUUCUUUUAUUUUUUCUCUCCUGGGUAGUUUCCUAGGCUCUUGCCUUGGACGUUUUCUAGGAUCAGAAGGAACCGCUAUAAUGAGCACUCAAAAGUGGAUGCUGUUUUUCUUUGUUCUUUUAGUCGGUCUCUCUUUAAUUUCUCGAAUUCUGCUUUCAAAAAAAAGAAAGGGAAGUAGAAUUCUUUUUUUCUUCAUUUUGCUUUUUCUGACUAGUUUAUGUUCCCUCUUUCGCUUCUUCAUCUUGGACUGGAUUGUCGCCGGUCUGACAACAGCCGUAUCCACUUUUAUCUGGAAUGUAUCUUCUGAAAGUGGGGAGGAAUCUAGGCAAUUGAGCCUUCCUGCUCUCGAAUCAGAAUCCACUUCUGAGUCCAUUCAUACCUUUAGAGCAGGUGCGGAAAACGAAGCUACCAUCUAUCAUCGUAUUCGCCUUCUCGAGGGCCAACAGUACUUCAACGUACCUCCUCAGCUUCACCCCGGUGAUUACGAACGGCUUGUGCGCGAGCAUUUUGAUCAAGCGGUCAACGUUGACCAUUUUUUUCAAAUAUGGGACAGAGAUCGAAUUGAGGGUCUUGGAAAAUAAGGGCCUAUUAGAAACUUUUCAAUCUAAUGAUUCAGGAACCGAAUAUCGCGAGAAUAAUGGAAGUCUCGCCAUAUGAAAAUAUAAGGCAGGAAGCCGACGCCUUCAUUCAAGCGAAGGUUGCCUCCGUAGAUAAUCCCGGGGAUGCUGUUCAGCGCAAGCACAUAGAGAGGAAGCUGAAUUCCUUUCUGCAAGAGUUAACUCAACACCAACGCCAGUCCUCCAUUUAUAGGAAAUUCUAUAAGCAUUUCACUAAUGAAGACCUACGUCGCUUGUGUGGCCUGCCUUUACCGUGAAAUAAACGGCGCUGGUCCUUUUUUAAUGGCCAAUGCCUGGGGUUUGGAAGCUUCUAGGCGAGGGGAGAGCGGGCGAGUGGGUCCUUUCUACCAGAUUACUUUACUAGCUGGAAUUCAUUCAAAAAGAGUACAGGAACUGGUUUAACAAAAGGGGUCUUCGAACUACAGUGAUCUGAUACCUGGCUCUCUUGGUAUGAAGAGUAGGUUAUGUAGGCAAUAACUUUCAUAGGUUGUUUCGAUCGCAAAUGGCCAAAUAAA